AUGCUUCUGGGCCCGGGGCCGCACGACUGCGCAGGAGCUGCUCCCUUGGCCAAAAAGCCAGAGUUCAGGAUGGUUCCCCCACCACCUGUCAGCAAGCCCCAUGUGUGCCUCUCCACUGUGCUCAUCAUGACCAGCCUCAUCCUCAUGGAUGCCUACUUGGUCGAGCAGAGCCAGGGCUCCAGGAAGCUGGGCAUCUGUGUCAUGGUGGCAGUGGGUGACGUGUGCUUCCUGCUGGUGCUCCGCUACGUGGCCAUCUGGGUCGGAGCAGAGGUAAAGACAGCUAAGCGGGGCUACGCCAUGAUUCUCUGGUUCCUGUACGUCUUCGUUCUGGAGAUCAAAGUCUACUUUGUAUACCAGAACUAUAAAGCUGACCGGAAAAGCCUGGAUCUCAUAGCCCGCAAAGCACUGACCUUGUUGCUCUCCAUCUGCAUCCCAGCCCUCUACGUGUUAUUGGUGGCCACGGAGCACAUGGAGUAUGUCAGGACAUUCAAGAAGAAAGAAGAUCUCCGCAACCGCCUCUUCUGGGUCAUUGUGGACAUGCUGGAUGUGCUGGACAUCCAGGCCAACCUGUGGGAGCCCCAGAAGAAGGGGCUGCCACUCUGGGCUGAGGGCAUCAUGUUCUUCUACUGCUACAUCUUGCUCCUGGUCCUCCCUUGCGUGUCCCUCUGUGAGAUCAGCAUGCAAGGGAUUGGCAUCAUGCCACACCGGAUGAUGCUGUACCCCAUGCUGAGCAUGCUCACUGUCAACAUCACUACCAUCUUCAUCCGAGGCAGCAACAUGAUCUUCUUCAGGGACGCCCGGGUCUCCAGCAUCUUCAUGGGCAAGAACAUGCUGGCCAUUGGGCUGAAGGUCUGUACGUUUGUGCAGUACCAGCGGCACCGGCACCACAAUGCCCAGGCCCAGCCCUCCCCAGGGCUGCACAAGUCCCGGGACCAGCCUGCCUGCCCUGAGGAGCUGGCCCAGGACAACACGUGACAAGCCAGCAGGAGCCACAGCCUGGGCACUGCCACGCCUGGCUGUACCUGCAAACCUGAGGCUGGCUGCUGAGCUCCCCGCCUGGACAGAGGGCAAUGACCCUGCUCACCUCCCUCCCUCCCUGCGUGAAGCUGCUCCGGUCCCCGAGGGCCACAUGGCGAGGGCCCCUGUAGCAGCCUCUGUAAGGCUGCAGAGCAGUUUGCAACCUCAGCACCCCACCAAGUGAGACAGGCAGCAGAGCGAAGGAGGAGGAGGUGGCCAAAUUUGCCUGCUGCACGCUGUGUCUGGCUGGGGCCAGGCAGCCCUGCCCUGUGUCGGGCUCCCCCAUCAGUGCUCCCCACACAGCGCUGCCCUCUGGCCAGCCAGGGCUCAGGCUGGGGGUGCUGCAUUGGGACACUGGGGGCCACCAGCUCUGCUGUUGUUGUUAGCCCUGCCUCCAGCUGGGUGCUUGGCAGCAGCCUGCUCCCCGCUGCGUGAGCCGGGGUUCUCAUGCUGGGAGAGCGAGGCCUGGGCCUCCCCUUGCCUGUCACCACUCUCAGCCAGCUGCAGGCGGGGGGUCCCAGAGUGGGUGACUGUCCUUUUUCAUACCUCCCUCUUUGCAAUAAAAGACCUGAGCCCUGCA